AUGGUCCUUUCCAGUGUUCUAGGGUUCCCUCGCAUCGGCAAAAACCGCGAGGUCAAAAAGGCCGUCGAGGCCUACUGGGCUGGCAAGAGCAGCGCUGAAGAGCUUCAGAAGGUUGCUGCUGAGACCAGAAAAUGGAACUGGACCUCCAUCAAGGAGCAGGGUGUCGACCUGAUCCCGAGUGGCGAGUUUACACUCUAUGAUCACGUUCUUGAUCACUCGGCCGCCUUCAACGCGAUCCCCCCUCGCUAUGUCGGCCUCGGCAUCUCUGACCUCGAUGUUUACUUUGCCAUGGGCCGUGGACGCCAGGCCGAUGGUGUUGAUGUCCCAGCUGCCGAGAUGAAGAAAUGGUUCGACUCCAACUACCACUACGUCGUCCCAGAACUUUCGGAGCAGACUGAGUUCAAGCUCAACUACAACAAGGCCCUCAACGAGUACAAGGAGGCCAAGGCUGCGGGUAUCACUACUCGCCCCGUUGUUCUCGGCCCCCUUGCGUUCCUCAUUCUCGCAAAGGCUGGUCGCGAAGCCUCCCCCAACUUCCAACCCAUUUCCCUCCUUCCCAAGCUUCUUCCCAUCUACAAGCAGCUUCUUUCCGAGCUCAAGGCAGAGGGUGUGACCUGGGUCCAGAUUGACGAGCCUCACCUUGUCAUGGACGUCGCGGAGCAACAUGCCGAACACUACACCAGCGCAUAUACCGAGCUCGUCAAGGACGCCCCUAAUCUCCUCGUCACCACCUACUUUGGUCGUCUGGGCUCAAACCUCUCCUUUGCUGCGAAGCUUCCAGUCGCUGGUCUUCACAUCGACCUCGAUCGUGAGCCGAAGCAACUUGGGGACGUCUUGAAUGCUGUCAAGGACACAUCUCUUGUUCUUUCCCUUGGCCUGGUCUCUGGUCGUAACAUCUGGAAGACCGAUCUCACUGCUGCUGCAAACCUUGGUCGCCAGGCUGUUGAGACGCUCGGUGCCGAUCGUGUCAUUGCCGCCACCUCGUCCUCUCUCCUCCAUACCCCUGUCACACUCGCUUCGGAGAACAAACUUACCAACCAGCAAAAGGACUGGUUCUCGUUCGCCCUUGAAAAGGCGGGUGAGGUUGCCACCCUCGCCGCUAUCCUUUCCGAUUCUCAGGAUGCCGCUGUCGCCAAGAAGCUCGAGGAGAACAAGGCUUCGAUUGCCCAGCGCCGUGACUUUGAGCACAACUCGGAUGAUGCUGUCCGCAAGCGCGUUGCUGCCAUCACUUCCGAGCAGCUCCAGAGGAAGAACCCCUUCCCUGUUCGUCGUGAAGCGCAGAAGAAGCACUUGAGCUUGCCCAAGUUCCCAACCACCACCAUUGGUUCGUUCCCGCAGACCAAGGAGAUUCGUCAAGCUCGUGCUCAGCUUACCAAGGGUGCCAUCACCGAGGAGCAAUACGAGGAAUUCAUCAAGAAGGAGAUUGACAGCGUCGUCAAGUUCCAGGAGGAUGUUGGGCUCGAUCUCCUCGUGCACGGUGAACCCGAGCGCAAUGACAUGGUUCAAUACUUUGGUGAACAAUUCCAGGGUUUCGUCUUCACCCAGAACGGAUGGGUUCAAAGCUACGGCUCUCGCUAUGUCCGUCCUCCGAUCAUCGUCUCGGACGUGAGCCGCCCUCAUCCCAUCACCGUCCGCUGGAGCAGCUACGCUCAGAGUGUGACGAAGAAGCCAAUGAAGGGUAUGCUUACUGGACCUGUUACCAUUCUCAACUGGUCCUUCCCCCGUGUCGACAUCAGCCGUGAGACCCAAUCAAAGCAGCUCGCUCUCGCUCUCCGUGACGAGGUGUGCGAUCUCGAAAAGGCAGGCAUCUACGCCAUCCAAGUCGACGAGCCGGCUAUUCGUGAGGGUCUUCCUCUUCGCCGUGUUGAUUGGGACAACUACCUCACGUGGGCUGUCGACUCGUUCCGCCUCGCCACGUCCGGCGUUGAAGAUUCGACGCAGACUCACUCUCACUUCUGCUACUCAGACUUCAACGACAUUUUCCCGUCCAUUCAACGCCUCGAUGCCGAUGUCAUCUCGAUCGAAGCUUCCAAGUCGGACCUCAAGGUCUUGAACGCCUUCCAGCAGUUUGGCUACAAGAAUGAAAUCGGUCCUGGUGUCUAUGAUAUCCACUCGCCUCGUGUGCCUGGUGAACAGGAGAUCAAGGACCGCAUCAAGGCCAUGCUCAACCUCCUCCCCGCCGACCUCCUCUUUGUCAACCCUGACUGCGGUCUGAAGACGCGUGGUUGGAAGGAGACUGAAGCGUCCCUCAAGAACCUCGUCGCAGCCGCUCGCUGGGCGAGAGAGGAAUUCGCCUAA